AUGCAGUUAACCUACGCCAUCCUCCUGCUCGGCAUUGGUCAACAUGCUCUUGGUCAUCACCUUGAAGCCAGGAAGGAGAACUCAUGCUCGGGCAUCAAAAUACCUGAGGACUGCAAGCCAUCCUCGGGAGAAGCAUGGACAUGGUUCACAAUGAGUCAGUGCGUUCUCAAAACAUUCACGAUUGACAAACUCAUCGACUGCAUUGGAGACAAUGAUGCGAAUAUAUGCGAGAGGCUCCCUGAAUACCGAACCGACGACGAAGUCCUAUUCGACGGACUAGAUGGGAAGAAUGACGGGAAGUUUUGUAUCAAACCCCGUGGAAUACUUUGGCUAGCAGCAAGGGCGGCAAGGGAAGCCGGAGCGCCCUGUAACCUCGAUCGUAUCUUCUACUGCUGCCCCGAUGGGAACGUUGCUGGCUUCAGGUCUUGCCUCUGCUCCCAUUCUGUCACCGACGAGAAGUUGACGUGCAUGUCCGACGCCCUCGGAUUGUUGAGAAGCAAAGUCUUCAAUGGAAAGUGCGAAGAGGGGAUUCGCGACAGAGAUGUCAAUGUCAAGAAGCGGAUUCCACACCCAAUGCCCGCGAAAGGCACGAAGAUUCUCCCUUGGAAGGACAAUUUGAUUGUCAAACUAGGUGAACAAUACAGUUGCUCAACCUUUGAUAGAGGCAACUAUGCGGAGUUUGGAUUUUUGUUCUACGCGCUGGACAGAAGUUGGGUUCCUGCUUUCAAUAAAUUUUGGAAUACCUGGUCGCUUGUCGGUGUCAAGCGUAGCAAUAUCUGGUUUGCUGGCUCGGGCAAAGGGCAUGAGGAGUGUUGUGCGUCAGCCUAUGGCUGGGCUAGAGCGCAAGACGCGUUUGGAGACAAUAGCGACAGACCAAUGUUGGAAGGUUAG